AUGGGCGGCGGCGAGGGGGCCACGGCGGUGAUGUGCACGCCGGCGUUUUUGGAGCGGGUGCUGCGCAGCCGGUGGUACGUGGUGUUCGCGUCCAUGGUGGUGAUGGCGGCGUCGGGGUCCACCUACAUCUUCGCGCUCUACUCCAAGGAGCUGCGGUCCGUGCUGGGGUACAACCAGCAGACGCUCAACACGCUGGGCUUCUUCAAGGACCUGGGCACCAACGUCGGCGUCGUCUCCGGCCUGGUGCAGCAGGUUGCGCCAACGUGGGCCGUGCUCCUCAUCGGCGCCGGCAUGAACCUGGCGGGCUACCUAAUGAGCCGUGGCAUCGUCAUCGGCCUGCUCAAGGGCUUCGUCGGCCUCAGCGGCGCCAUCUACACGCAGCUCUACCUCGCCAUCUACGGCGACGACGCCAAGUCCCUCGUCCUCCUCAUCGCCUGGCUCCCCGCCGCUGCAAGCAGCGCGAAAGACCAAGAACAGCCAAAGUGCAGCAUGACGGGCUGCCUCGCCAACAUGUUCAAGCCGCCGGCGCUGGGGGAGGACUACUCCAUCAUGCAGGCGCUGGUGAGCGUCGAGAUGCUGGUGCUGUUCGUGGUGUCGGUGUUCGGCAUCGGCGGCACGCUGACGGCCAUCGACAACAUGGCGCAGAUCGGCCAGUCGCUGGGGUACCCCGCAAAGAGCAUCAACACCUUCGUCUCCCUCAUCAGCAUCUGGAACUACGCCGGCCGUGUCGGCGCCGGCUACAUGUCCGAGUUCUUCGUCGCCCGCUACAGGUUCCCACGCCCGCUAGCCCUCACGGCCGUGCUCCUCUUCUCCUGCGUCGGCCACCUCCUCAUCGCCUUCGGCGUGCCGCAGUCCCUAUACGCCGCCUCGGUGAUCCUCGGUUUCUGCUUCGGCGCGCAGUGGCCACUGCUCUUCUCCAUCAUCUCCGAGGUGUUUGGCCUCAAGUACUACUCCACACUCUUCAACUUUGGCUCCGCGGCCAGCCCCAUCGGCGCCUACGUACUCAACGUGCUCAUCGCCGGGCGCAUGUACGACGCCGAGGCGGCCAGGCAGCAUGGGGGCCACGCCGCCGCCGUCGGGGACAAGAUCUGCAAGGGGGUACGGUGCUUCAAGCACGCGUUUCUCAUAAUCACGGGGGUCACGCUUGCCGGUGCGCUCGUGUCAUUGGUGCUGGUAUGGAGGACCAGAAGCUUCUACAAGGGGGACAUCUACGCCAAGUUCAAGGUGGUGCCUGCUGCCGACGCCGACGGGAGCAACCAUGCCGGGGAAAUGGUGGAGGGUACAGUUACACAGGGGGAGCCCAAGAAUGGAAAGAACAAGAAGCAGGAGGAGGUCAACGAUGAUGAGGAGUUUAAGUGA